GAGCCACAGAGCAUGCGGUUCGUACUUAUUUUACGUAUGAACUAUGAAGUGUAUUUAAAGUCAAUUAUCCAUCGAACAGAAGCACAGAAGCUCAGAGAGAGAGAGAGAGAGAGAGAGAGAGAGAGAGAGAGAGAGGGGGGGGGGGGAUGAUGGAGGAAGGAAAUGGAAAUGGCGGUGGAGGGAUGGAUCUGUUGAUGUUGCCGGAAGGCUGCAUAGCCAACAUCCUGUCUUUGACGAGCCCAGCCGACGCUUGCAGGCUCUCUCUGGUCUCCUCCACCUUCCUCUCUGCCGCUGAUUCCGACGCCGUCUGGCACCGAUUUCUGCCCUCCUAUUGCCACACCCUCAUUUCCCGAUCCUGCUCUUCCUCUCUUUUCGCCGACUGCUCCUCCAAGAAGGAGCUUUUCUUCCGCCUCUGCGAUUUCCCCUUCCUCAUCGACGAGGGUACCAAGAGCUUUUCAUUUGAGAGAUGGAAUGGAAAGAAAUGCUACAUGUUAGCACCAAGGAGUCUGUCCAUUGUAUGGGGUGACACUCCCAUGUAUUGGAGGUGGAUUUCUUUACCAGAAUCCAGGUUUCCAGAGGUGGCUGUGCUUGUCAAAGUGUGUUGGCUUGAAAUUUGUGGCAAGAUAAGUACUUGCUUGCUAUCACCAGACACGAAGUAUGCUGCUUACUUGGUUUUCAAGCUGACGGAAUCAACGAAUGGAUUUGAAUGCCAUCCUGUGAAAGUCUCUGCUUGGAUAACUGGUGGCGAAAAUAUCGUCCGGUCUGUUUAUUUUGUGCCUAAUGAUAGAAAGAAGAGGAUAUUUCGUAUCAUACGAAGGCGUGCUGGUCGUGGUGGGCUGUUGUGCGGUGCUUUUGACAUGCUGAGGUUGGGAGCACCUGCCUCUGGCGAAUUGAAUGAUGAAUCAUUUCCGAAAGAGAGGGCGGAUGGGUGGUGUGAGGUUGAAUUGGGCGAGUUCUUCAACAACGAUGGAGGUGAGGAAAUGGAGAUGAGCGUGAAGGAGGUGAAGAGUGGCCGCUGGAAGUCUGGCCUUGUUAUCCAAGGGAUUGAGAUCAGGCCAAAAGAGGGUUGAUGAAUCAGACAAUUGUGUUUUGUCUUCUUUUGCUUGUUUCGUCGAUGGAUUAGUUCUAUUUGUCAAUGCUUCUUGGCAUUUAUAAAUCGAUUGUCUAGUUCGGAUGUAACCAAAUGUGAUAGUAAUGGAAUGGAAUAAAAGGACUCUGCAUAUGUGUGAACUUCAUUAA